AUGGCAACAAUCAAUGGGCUCUCCUUUCCCGAGGAUCGUGAUGGCAUUUCUUCCGCUGCUGGAUAUUCGGCUGCUCAGAUGGAGAACUCAGUCAACCACUUUCGCAGAAGCGCAUGGAUCGCACUGUUAAGGUAUUGGAGGCAAGUUGACGUUGGCCCAAGUAGUAUAGUGGUUAGUACUCCACGUUGUGGCCGUGGCGACACAGGUUCGAUUCCUGUCUUGGGCAUACUUUUGUGGUGGAUGGAGAUGAAAGGCACUGAGAAGGCCUGCCAUGAUAACCAUACGUUUUGCUCUGAAAUGUUGAAGACUGCGAUGUUUUCCGGAUACAAGGUGCUCAACUAUUGGCAGAAGUACUGUAAUGGCUCAUAA